AUGGAAGCUCGCUUUGAAAUGAAUGAUCUUGGUUUACUCCAUUAUUAUCUCGAGAUCGAAGUUAAUCAAGGUGUUCGGGGAAUCAGCAUCAAGCAAUCCGGGUAUGCAGCUAAAGUUCUAAAACAGUUUGCUUUAUGGGAAAGUAACUCGACCCAGUUCCCACUUGAUCCCGGAUUAAAGUUGACGAAAAAAGAUGAAGCCAAGAAGACCGAUCCAACCAAGUAUCGGAAGGUUGUUGGAUGCCUACGCUACUUAACCCACACACGACCGGAUUUGUGUUAUUCGGUUGGUUAUGUUAGCCGUUUUAUGCAAGAGCCAACACCGACUCAUGCUCAAGCCGUGAAGCAAAUCUUGAGGUACCUGAAGGGGAGUGUCGACCUCGGUAUUUUCUAUCUAAAAGGUGGAACCAAGACGUUACAUGGGUUUAGUGAUAGUAGUCACUCGGUGGAUGCCGACGAUGGGCGAAGCACAAUGGGAAUAGUCUUUUAUUAUGGUGCACUAUCACUCGGUGGAUGCCGACGAUGGGCUAAGCACAACGGGAAUAGUCUUUUAUUAUGGUGA